AUGAAUGCAGGUGUCUAUGAUGCAGAUGAGGCGUACAGACAGACGCAAUCCCAGAUAUAUAAGUUGCAGGAAACGUUGUUGAACUCGACCAGGACGGAGCAAACUGCGGGACAAAGACACAGUGAUGAUGUCCAAUCAGCGGAACCAGAGGAGGCAGCCCUAACGAGCGCUACGCAGAAAGCAGGCGGAAUCUCGGAAGUGGACUCAGGACCUGUUUUGACCUAUAUUUUCAAGGAGUACGGCUGCUCACCGAGCCAGGAUGAGCGCGUAGCUACCCUCGCGUACCAUCCGUACGCCGAGGGGCGCAUGGAGGGCGGCACGCCCAAGGCAGUGCUACCCUUCCCGUACGAUACAGUGGAGCUGUCAACGCCCAGGCCGUUUUUGCCCGGCUACGGGCGCGACAAGAUUAAUAGGCUGGUUACGGUCAAGAUAGCUUACGAAGAUCUCAAGAACAGUUGCAAGCACUUCAACAGCCCUAGGGCGCUCAACAACGAGAUAUGGGGGUGCCAGAUCUACACCGAUGACUCCGAUCCGGUGCUAGUGCUGCGACAUUGCGGGGUAUCGAUUGACGAAGACAAUGGCACUGGAACUUGCAGAACGCCUGCUAAUAUGAACAACACUGACAACAUAACCGGAACUAUACCACCCGAAGGUACGCCAUUCGACCUCGAGGUGGAUCUCCUGCUGCUCCCAACCUUGCAGACGUACGAGAGUGUAAUGCAGCACGGGAUCUAUUCCAAGUACUGGGGCGGCAGGGCGCAGGCACCCCAUGAUGGCCUUAGUUACGGCAUAUACGGGAUUCGCGUUAUGACAAGGGAUACUUCAACUCAGAAUAUCAACACAGAUGAGCAUCAAAUAACUCCUGCUAGUAAUUGGGCUCUUUGA